AUGGAAUCCCCUCCGAUAACGAUAUCGGAUGGCCUUCCCACUUCCCGCAAGCGUCUCCUCUCCAACUGCGCGAAGCCCAAAUCGCCGUUAUCGUUGCAUCAACCUCCCCUUAAAAAGACACGGGGACUCCCCAACUUAACCGAAUGCCAAGCCUGUGGAUUUCGAAGUGACAACGCCAGCUGCAAAAAUCCGAUUCAAACGCUUUACAGCGAGUGGCGCAUUGUUCUUCUGUGCCCAAAAUGUUAUAAUCGUGUUGACUCAUCUCAAAUAUGCGCUUAUUGUUUCAAAGAAGCCUCCGAAGAUUGCUUUUCUUGUGCUCAAUAUUACCCGCAAAAGGGGGAUCUUUUGGCGCAAAAAAAUGCUAAGAUUUCUAGGGUUAAUGAAGUUGAGAAUGUUGGGGUGGCAAAGUUGUUAGAAGAUGUGGUGAAAGAUGCAAAUUCUGCAAUGGGAGAGAGAGUUGAGGCUGCGGUUGAGGCAAGGGGAAUGGCUGUUAACAAAGCUGAUGUGGCUCACCAGGUGUUUGAAUUUACAAACAUUGAAUUGGAAAAGUGUGAUGAUGCUGAAUUAGCAUUUCGGAUGCAUAAAGCCAUGAAUAGUUCGCCUAGGAUAUCGAAAAAUAGAAAUUUAUCUGAUAAUAAUAGGUUAGAUACUUUGAUUGCCGGUAGUAGUAGGACUUUCAAUUGUUUGAAACCUACGGAGAUAGUCUAUGUCCGACGUAGAAAGAAACCAGAUGAGAUGGAACCGAGGGAUGUAAUUUAUGCUAGCCAUAAAAAGAAACCAGUGCAGAUAGUUUAUACUCGGCGUAGGAAGAAAGCAUGUGAGAUAGUUAAUGAACAGUGUAGACAAAAACAUAAUGAAAUGGCUUAUGUGCGACGUGGAAAAAAACUAUAUGAUUUAGUUUAUAAACGACGUAGUAAGCAAAAUGACAGCAAGGAAAAAUCUGAUGUUGAAACAGGACCGAAGGAGAGAGAAGACGGAUACUCUAAUUUGUUGUCAAAAAGUGGGGUUGAUACUAACAUGAACUCUGAGUCUAAAGCUUAUAGUUACCAAGAUGACUCUAUUGUCUUUGAUAAUAUGCAGUCUGAUGGGAAGCUUGUGCUAUAUUUGUUAGCAUACAGCAGGAAGAAAUCAAAGUGAAAGGGAACUCCAGCAAAACUGAGUUCCUUUAUGAUGGAUAUAACUGUGAAAGUCAGGCUUCAUCUUCCCAACUGCCAUAAUCUUUAAUGAUAGAGUAAUACACUCCAAUGUUCAGCUUUUCCUCAUUGAGUCAGAGCUGCAAGUUACUCAUGUCAAGAUACCCCUAGACUGACAAGCAUUGUUUUCCUGGUGUUGGGUUGUGGAUUAUUUGUCUGGAUCUCUGGGAUGCUUUAGUAUUCCUAGCACUGCUUGGUGUCCUUGAUAAUAGUUUAUUAUCAUUAUUUGCACCAGUGGAGGAAAAGUGCUGCUUACGUGGGUCAGUUAGCUUUUGGAGUCUUGUGGUUGCUAUUUAAAACACCUUCCAGUGGUGGGAAUAUUCACAUAUUGGAGGGGUAAGCCUAAUCUUUGUGUCUCCUUCCUGUGAUUUGGAGUUGUAUUUUCAGAUAAAUCUUGUUAGUUUUGUUCAUCUGGCAGUUUCUAGGAAAGGGGGAAGGAAAAAAUCUUCAAAAUUAAUGGAAAAUGAAAGUAGAGAUCCUCAGUCUAACCAUGGAUUUGUGGAAUGAAGGGAUGUGCAUCAUGAGAUUUAACAUCCAAGUCCUCUACAUCUAAAAUAAGUGUUUGUGCUAGCCUGAGUUUACAUGGUUAAAUGAUUACUGUGUAAUUUUGAGUAAAGUUAGGUUUUGAUCUUAGAAUAUUUUAAUUUUCUUAAUACGUUGAGCAAAGUUCUCAUUUUUAUGGUGAAAUGAUUCUCUUAUACUUUGUGUUGUAUUCUAUUGAAUUAGUUCAUUGAUUUCUUUGUGUAGUAAUUCUACCAAUGAUGAUCCUUGGUUAAUUGACAAAAGCUAAAUUGGAUCAAAUCCUUGCAUGGUUAUAGCCAUUUGAAGGUGAUUUACUUGUUGCUAAAAGCACUUGAUAAGAUUCUGUCAUGGACUAUUGUCCCCUGAAGAGUGAAGACUAUGUAGUCCUUGCAAAAUGGGCAAGUUGUUCACCGGUGCUUGAUAAGAGGCCAAUUUUUUGCAAGGACAAGGAUCAAGAUCUUGGCCGACAAUCAGGAAAGCAAGGUGUUGAAAGUGGUGAUAUCAAGCAAAAGAGUUGGACUAUAUCUUGAAGAGCCUUGGCGGUUAGGCAAGAUCAUGACUUAGUAAUGGCCAAUUUCCGGUUCAUCUUGACUAAACUUUUUUGGGUCAAAUUUUAAAGUUAUAUAAUUGUUCAGAUUUAUAUUAGAUGAAGCUUCUUGGAAAUCGACUAUAGAAGCCUUUGUCCCAUUGGAUGUGCUUAGAGUAAUAAGGGUUUGCUUUGACAUGGAAGUAUGGAACUAAUUUCAAGUGGUCACUUUUUCCAAAUUUAUCUGUUUCACAACUCCCAUAAAAUGUUUUCCUGAGAUCGGAUAACAUGCUAGCAUUUGGAAUAUUUUCUUUGAAUACCAUUGAAUGUGAAUAUGAAGUCUUAUUUGGUGCCAUUCACAGUGUUUCCAGUGCCAAUUUUACCGAAUCGUUUUUUCCCAGUGACGCGGAGGUCAUUGGUGCUCUCUAUCGGUUGGUAAGAUGUGCUUUGUUGGUUUGGCAUUUUGACAACAAAGGGGACAUAUAUAUUGUAAGGGACGUUUGGUUCACAGAAUGGA